AUGGUGAAAGGUGGCUUAACAGAAGACUAUGUUCUGUCAUUGCUGAGAAGAUCGUCUCAUUUUGCCGAAUUGGAAAAGGAAAAACGAGUCGAGAAGGUAACAUUUGCAACUAUGAGCUUAUAUAAAACAGUCACAUUGAUCUGCUAACUUGGGAACGAUACGGUAUACAAUUUUGCAGACGUCGGUAAACCCUCUGUCUCCGGAAGAGCUGGGGUAUCUUUCCGUCAUCUAUCAUUGCAUUGUCCACUUCCACGACGGCUCGGAUUUCUCAUUUAUUCUGAAGAUGCCGUCGCUUCAACGAUUCACGGAAGGAGUAGAUUCCGAUAGCCAUGACGAUUCAGCGGACCUCUUAUUUUCUUGUCAUAAUCGGGAAUGCCAGCUCUAUGCACUGCUCAGUGACCUCGAUGUUCUUACUCCAAAGUUGUAUGGAUUUAAGGUAGUCUCAAUCAGUUAAGCGUAGUUACUGUCAGAUAUUUACAGACGGUAGAAAACCGUGUAAAGGACACUGGUUACAUUUUGAUGGAAAAUUUCAUCGGCAAAGCUGUUGUUUUGGGAGCAAUGGGUCAUGCAACCUCCAAGCAAAUACUCAACGUUGCUAGCCAUCUUGGCAAGUUUAGAGCGGAAAUUGAGAAGCUGCCUAAAGAGGAAUGGAGCUCGUUAUGUGAUCCAUUCCGCCUCGAGAUCGAUCUUUUGACCGCAAUGAUGGGACCAAAUAUAGCACAAUUGUUGGAAUACGAUUACGGUAAGACGCAAUUGCCUCUUCGUCAAAAAAAGUCUCUACGUUUAGACACAUUCCAUCCACUGGUACAGAAAUUAAAGCCAUUUUCUUGCCAGCCCUUCUACGAAUAUCUACUAAAAGGAAGAGCGGUUGAACUUGGUAAGAUGAUUUUACAAACUCAUACAUAUUUUUCCUGUUUCUACUAAACCAAUUCUCAUUUCAGGUGUUGAAAGCUUGGUUCAUUCCGACACACAUGGUGGCAAUUUAAUGUUCAAGACCAGCCCCGAUGGCAGCAUUUCCAACGAACUCGCCACUUUUCUCGACUGGCAAUCGGGGUUCUCAGGCAAUUCGCUCUUCGAUUUGGCGCGGUUCUCUGUGGUCUCGGCUGACGUCGAUGUCCGCCGAGGAGUUGAGGAUGAGGCGGUUCAAAUUUACUAUGAAAAUUAUGCGAAGCACGCCAAGAAUCCCAAUCCGAAAUUUACAAAGGCUGUCUGCCAAGAACUUUACGAUCUUGGAGUGCUGAUGGAAGCUAUUGAAUGGCAGAUUUUGUUUGGGGUCUUUGCUUGUAAACCAAAUGGACAAAAGGAAAGAAGUUUCGAGGCAUCCAGAGCUCAAAUGGCGCUGCGCGCGAAGCUUUGUAUGGAGGAUGGGAUUCGACUAAUCGAAAAGUAUCGAGCGCAUGAGAUAUUGGAGAAGUUGCAGAAAUAA